AUGGUCCGGAAGCUCGGCAAACGGGCCAAAGAGGCUCCCACCACCUCCACCUCCGCAACCUCCUACCUCCACCCACCGUUCACCCCUGGCAUCGUGUCAACUCUCGAGUCGCUCAACAGUGGUCCCUUGCCAUCGCUAUUCGUCUUUGAUCUGGAUUACACGCUGUGGCCGUUGUGGGUGGAUACGCAUGUCGAUUCGCCCCUCCGACGGCGCGGGGAGGACAUCAACAAGGUAUACGAUCGAAAUGGGCAGCCGCUGAGCUUCUUUCCGCAUGUACCGAGCAUUUUGUUUUGGUUGAGGAGGAGGGGGGUAGAGGUGGCAGCGGCGAGUAGGACCAGUGCGCCGGCGGUGGCGAGGCAGGCACUGAACGGGCUAUUCCUCGUCGACGAUGAGCAGUAUGUCCCCCACCCAGGGUCGAACGACGAAGAGGGAGAGGCAUCGGGCAAGGAGGCGAAAGUGGUCAAGGCAAUAGAUUUCUUCGACUACCAAGAGAUCUAUCCCGGCUCCAAGAUUACGCAUUUCCGCAAGCUGCACGAGGACUCCGGUGUGGCGUACGAGGACAUGGUCUUCUUCGACGACGAGUAUCGCAAUGCCGAGGUGGGGAGCAAGCUGGGAGUGCACUUUGUAGAGGUGGGACAUCAGGGGACGGACGUGGCGCUGGUCGAGAAGGCCGUGCGCGAGUGGCGGGCCAAGAAGGCGGCGAGAGCAAAGGCCGAGCUGUGA